GUUACCAAUUUUUCAUGAUUUUGUAAAUAAUAAACUAAACCGCAAAUUACCUCUAUAUUACUGAUUGGAUGUAAUAAAAAUAAUUUAUUAGGCCAAUAUACACCAUAUGAAAUGAUGCCCACCAUAAAACACUUUCAGUGCAUGCAGAACGGUUUUGACGUUUUUUAAUGGUGCCUAUAGCUGGCUCCUUAAACACAUCUAUUUUAGAUAAUUACAAAUGGCUUCCGUUUUCAACUUGCGGUUAUCCUUCACUGCUGGCAUGGUUUUCUAAUCAAGGAUUAAUUCGCCGUGAGAUAGUAUUUGAUUAUAUUAUUUUACUGAGUAGUUCUGCUACUGCCACGAGUCAUGGGCAUACAGGAUCUACAGACUUAUUUAGAAAAUGAGGGAGUGGGUGUGGAUUUGUUUCGGAUUGCACGAAAUCAUGCCGGCGGCUUCCGACUCGUGCUUGACGCGGAGGGGUGUCUGGACCGCCUAUAUGGAGGAUAUUUCUCUGAUUGGGCAUGUGGAGGACAGUGGGCCCGCUGUGUCCAAUUUUUAACCACCCUGGCGCAGGCCCUUGCUGAGCACCAAGUGGCACUAUGUGUUUGCUUCAACGGAGCGCACCCUGCUCCGCCAGUGGCUCCGCAGCACUGGAUCCAGACACAGUCUACUUACAGGCAGAGAGUCAACUCUGUAUUGCGCCAUAUUGUCACAAAGGGUACUCCUCCACCCAAAGUAUGGUGGGUGCCACCAAUGGGGCUACAUUCAUGUCUUCGAACUGCACUGAGAUAUCUGAAUAUACCCAUUAUGGUAUCCUCUGAUGACCAUUGUCAGGAAGUGGUAGGCCUUUGCCGGGAGAAAUCCUAUGCUGGUCUGGUGGGCUGCUCUGGAGAGUACCUGGUGUUCCAACCUCCGCGAUACUUUAGCUCGUCACAGCUGAAGCUAACAUACAGGUCUUCCUUGGAAACAAAAGAAUACAAGAUCCAUGAAUUGCCCCAAUUGCUGGACGUGCCCCAGGACCGCCUCUGCCUCUUGGCCGCACUUCUCGGUGGUACCAUUCUGUCGGAGCAGAGCCUCACUGAUUUCUACAAGCGAUUAGGAAUUACUCAGAAAAAGCAACAAGUGCCGCCAGAAACGUUGAUAAAGGCCGUAAGCCAGUUCGUGCGCGACCUGCCAUCGUCCGACAUGGACAGCGCCUGUAUCGAAAUAUUCGGCGACCUCAAUGAUCUCCGGGCGGCCAAGCUCAAACAGGCCGUUCAGUAUUAUCUCAAUGGCACCAAAGAUGGCUUCCUCAAAUACAGAACUGCCACUGGUCGCCGCCCGAAAAAUAACAAAAGGAAUCAAAAACCCGACAGUCCACAGUCAUCCUCUGCCGAUUUGGACACUUCCAAAUUAGCGACCGAGUCAUCCGAACACGAGCAAAAAGGCUUGGACGAUUACAAAUUGGCUACAGCAAACGCGUCAAUGAAUGCUGACUUUAGCACCGACGAGAGGACGAUGGAGGUGGGGCAAGCCAUGGCUUCCAUGUCGCUCGAGGGUGGCGACGCCGAACAGAAGAAACCUGCACCUAAACCUGUAGAGAAACAAGCUGCAACGAAAGAGAGCCGCCAAACCAAGUCCCCGAGCUCGGACAACUGCCCGCCCGCGCCGGCCGAGGUGCUCCGCACGUGCGCCGAGCGCCACGCGCGCGGCCUCAUGCACCCGCACAUGCUCGCCAUCCUCACACACCGCCAGGUGGCGCUGCCUGUCCUUAUGGAAGAUGACAACCACCGUGAGAUCCCAUCCAUCCACCACUUCUACCGCCCCAUCCGCCAGAACGUCUACGCCAUCCUCUACAACAUGCACCACCAUCGCUUCAUGGCACAGAAGGCUAAAGAUGAAGGCACAUCAAGCAUGUCAGUCGAGCGCGCGUGCACCGUGCAAGUGGCCGAGUGGAUCUACUCGCGCGUCAACCCGGGCAAGACGCCCGAGAUGGUGCCCGGGGUGGUUCUUGACUGGCCCGUGCCUACUGUGCAGAGGCUUUGGUUCGGAACCGCGCAAGAUGACAAGUGCCGCCGCAUGCGCGCGUUCCUGUCGUGCAUGCGCUCGGACACGCCGCUCAUGCUCAACACGUCCUACGUGCCGCAGCACCUGCUCAUCUUGGCCACCGUGCUGAGAUUCAUAAUGACAUCGCAAAUUCAGAUCUUGCGUCGACAGGAGUUGGAUGCAUUUCUGGCCACAGCUUUCUCUAAUGAUCUCAUGAAUGCCCUUCACUUGCAAGAGAUGACGGUGAACGGCAUCAGCUCGCGCGGCGUGCAGCUGGGCGCGCUGGUGAUGGCGGGCGCGGAGGCGGCGCUGCUGGCCAACGACGCGUGCGGCGCGCCCGUGCCCUGGCUCGUGGCCGCGCCCUGGCUGUACUUCGACGGCAAGCUGCUGCAGCGCAACCUCGCCCGCGCCAUGCACUGCAAGCACCUCGCCCAGCUCUGCGACAACCACCUCGACACCGUCGUCAAGGUACUGUGUACUGUGGAGGCGGCGCGCCCGUGCCCUGGCUCGUGGCCGCGCCCUGGCUGUACUUCGACGGCAAGCUGCUGCAGCGCAACCUCGCCCGCGCCAUGCACUGCAAGCACCUCGCCCAGCUCUGCGACAACCACCUCGACACCGUCGUCAAGGUACUGUGUACUGUGGAGGCGGCGCGCCCGUGCCCUGGCUCGUGGCCGCGCCCUGGCUGUACUUCGACGGCAAGCUGCUGCAGCGCAACCUCGCCCGCGCCAUGCACUGCAAGCACCUCGCCCAGCUCUGCGACAACCACCUCGACACCGUCGUCAAGGUACUGUGUACUGUGGAGGCGGCGCGCCCGUGCCCUGGCUCGUGGCCGCGCCCUGGCUGUACUUCGACGGCAAGCUGCUGCAGCGCAACCUCGCCCGCGCCAUGCACUGCAAGCACCUCGCCCAGCUCUGCGACAACCACCUCGACACCGUCGUCAAGGUACUGUGUACUGUGGAGGCGGCGCGCCCGUGCCCUGGCUCGUGGCCGCGCCCUGGCUGUACUUCGACGGCAAGCUGCUGCAGCGCAACCUCGCCCGCGCCAUGCACUGCAAGCACCUCGCCCAGCUCUGCGACAACCACCUCGACACCGUCGUCAAGGUACUGUGUACUGUGGAGGCGGCGCGCCCGUGCCCUGGCUCGUGGCCGCGCCCUGGCUGUACUUCGACGGCAAGCUGCUGCAGCGCAACCUCGCCCGCGCCAUGCACUGCAAGCACCUCGCCCAGCUCUGCGACAACCACCUCGACACCGUCGUCAAGGUACUGUGUACUGUGGAGGCGGCGCGCCCGUGCCCUGGCUCGUGGCCGCGCCCUGGCUGUACUUCGACGGCAAGCUGCUGCAGCGCAACCUCGCCCGCGCCAUGCACUGCAAGCACCUCGCCCAGCUCUGCGACAACCACCUCGACACCGUCGUCAAGGUACUGUGUACUGUGGAGGCGGCGCGCCCGUGCCCUGGCUCGUGGCCGCGCCCUGGCUGUACUUCGACGGCAAGCUGCUGCAGCGCAACCUCGCCCGCGCCAUGCACUGCAAGCACCUCGCCCAGCUCUGCGACAACCACCUCGACACCGUCGUCAAGGUACUGUGUACUGUGGAGGCGGCGCGCCCGUGCCCUGGCUCGUGGCCGCGCCCUGGCUGUACUUCGACGGCAAGCUGCUGCAGCGCAACCUCGCCCGCGCCAUGCACUGCAAGCACCUCGCCCAGCUCUGCGACAACCACCUCGACACCGUCGUCAAGGUACUGUGUACUGUGGAGGCGGCGCGCCCGUGCCCUGGCUCGUGGCCGCGCCCUGGCUGUACUUCGACGGCAAGCUGCUGCAGCGCAACCUCGCCCGCGCCAUGCACUGCAAGCACCUCGCCCAGCUCUGCGACAACCACCUCGACACCGUCGUCAAGGUACUGUGUACUGUGGAGGCGGCGCGCCCGUGCCCUGGCUCGUGGCCGCGCCCUGGCUGUACUUCGACGGCAAGCUGCUGCAGCGCAACCUCGCCCGCGCCAUGCACUGCAAGCACCUCGCCCAGCUCUGCGACAACCACCUCGACACCGUCGUCAAGGUACUGUGUACUGUGGAGGCGGCGCGCCCGUGCCCUGGCUCGUGGCCGCGCCCUGGCUGUACUUCGACGGCAAGCUGCUGCAGCGCAACCUCGCCCGCGCCAUGCACUGCAAGCACCUCGCCCAGCUCUGCGACAACCACCUCGACACCGUCGUCAAGGUACUGUGUACUGUGGAGGCGGCGCGCCCGUGCCCUGGCUCGUGGCCGCGCCCUGGCUGUACUUCGACGGCAAGCUGCUGCAGCGCAACCUCGCCCGCGCCAUGCACUGCAAGCACCUCGCCCAGCUCUGCGACAACCACCUCGACACCGUCGUCAAGGUACUGUGUACUGUGGAGGCGGCGCGCCCGUGCCCUGGCUCGUGGCCGCGCCCUGGCUGUACUUCGACGGCAAGCUGCUGCAGCGCAACCUCGCCCGCGCCAUGCACUGCAAGCACCUCGCCCAGCUCUGCGACAACCACCUCGACACCGUCGUCAAGGUACUGUGUACUGUGGAGGCGGCGCGCCCGUGCCCUGGCUCGUGGCCGCGCCCUGGCUGUACUUCGACGGCAAGCUGCUGCAGCGCAACCUCGCCCGCGCCAUGCACUGCAAGCACCUCGCCCAGCUCUGCGACAACCACCUCGACACCGUCGUCAAGGUACUGUGUACUGUGGAGGCGGCGCGCCCGUGCCCUGGCUCGUGGCCGCGCCCUGGCUGUACUUCGACGGCAAGCUGCUGCAGCGCAACCUCGCCCGCGCCAUGCACUGCAAGCACCUCGCCCAGCUCUGCGACAACCACCUCGACACCGUCGUCAAGGUGGAGCGCAUGCGCAAGGCGAUCCUGGAGGGGCUGGAGGUGGAGUGGGCGCUGCCGCCGCUGCCGCUGGUGGCGGGCGUGGUGGGCGGGCUGGGCUGGCGCGGGCGCGCGCGCGGCGCGCGGCUGGAGAUCGCCGGCGUCGUGGUCGGCCAGUGGGGCGCCGACUACCCGCAGCGCGCGCGCUACCCGCAGGCGGCGCACUACGUGGGCUACACGCCGCCCGUGCGCAACGCGUACGGCGCGCGCGGCGGGCGCGGCUGGCGGGGCCGCGGGCGCGGCCGCGGGGCGCCCGCCGCGCGCCCGCCGCGCCGCCGUCUGCACCACGACGAGCCCGCCAAGCCCGCCACGCUCUCCGUCAACGGUAAAACAGUGCGUCCCGAAGACCUGGGGUCCCAGGCUGAGGAAGGCAGCCCACACGGGGAUGAAUCCGCUCCCGACAACGAUAACGAAGGAGCACAGCCGAUGCGAACUAAGAGUGCAAAAAAUGCCAAGAAAAAUGUUGGGAAAGGUAAAAAGAAGAAUUCGAACCCGAAGACUGACGUAGUGCAGACGUUGGAGGCCAAUGGACCGCUCGACAAGAUGGAGACGGGCCAUAAUUCGGACAAAGAGCAUAUUGGUCAAGGUGACGCCCCAGUUUCUAAUUAGUACUAAAAAGUAGAUUUUUUUACUUUCUGAAACUGUACCGGAGGUAAAGUCAAUUUUAUUUUGUUAGCUAUUUAUACUCUAGUAGUUGUUAGAUGCCUCUUUUAUAUUCAGCUUGCCGUCCGCUCCGCCGCGCUCGGCGGCGGCGCGCGGCGGAUCAGUUGCAACACGCGGUCGUAAACCGUUGUCAUUGUUGGUUUUUAGUGGUAGCAAUUGCGUUCAUUUGUAGGGGAAAGCUUUCCAGUAAUAUAAUUCGUACAUACGCGUAUGUAGUAGUUUGCACAAAUAACAUUUAUAUAAUAGCAUUUGUGUGUUCUACUAACGUUCCGUUCCUUAUCAUUAUUAUCAAUAAAAGUAACA